AUGGGAUCGAGUAGCUUGCUGGAACAACGACAAGCGGAAGAUAAAGCUGCAUGGGAUGCAUACUGGAAAUUGCGUGAUUUGGACUCACGGGGAACUAUUUUCCCUAGGAUGAGAUACUAUGCACACAAAGCUUUUGAUGCUCCUGCUACGUGGUUUAGAGAAACAAUUGUGGAACCCAUAAAUAAUAGAAAUCGUUUACCAUACUAUCAUCGUAAACUUACUCGUGUUCCCGAAAUCGACGAAUGUGGAGUGAAUGACAAGGCAUGCUUCUUUGAGGCGAACGAGCAAUUCCGUCUGGAUAAAAUGGUGGAUGGCUUUAUUCUUCAGACACUUCGUCACCGCGUUGAUCGUUGUUUGAACUAUAACGAUCCUGACUUGUCGAAAUGCGCUAAGGUCAUAGAAGAUAUGGAAGAGAAUGAAUUGAAUUUUUUCAUCAAGUACGGAGAGUUAGGAGGAGAAGCUGAUGUACGUGAUGCGUAUAUGAAACAAAAACACCGGCUCAUAUGGGAAAGACGCCAUCCAGAAAUCAUGGAGGAGCGGAAGAAGGCGUUGAAAGAGCACAAGGAGAAAUUGGCAAAAGGAGAGUUCGACUAUUCGUUUUGGAAAAAGGGCAUGUUCUGGCAAGACAAGAAGAACUACGAACCACCGUACGAGUUCUAUAUGUCGAAGUCUGCUCUUGAAGGAGAUAAACCUUUGUCCAAAGAUUGGCAAUAUUAUAAGAAGGUUGCUCAAGAUCCAGAAUUUGAUAAACAACAAGGAAAAACGUCAGAGUUCCUUUUUCCAGUGAAGAUCUUGAGAGUCAAUAACAUUGGAAACAAUAGUAUGUUACUUACAACUUGUAGAAGUACAUUGUACAAACAAGGGCAAUACGUAGGGAAAAUCAGAGAGUACUUCUAUUAUAUCAAUCACGAAGGGAUGUUGUUCUUAGACGAUUCUCGAGCCAAAAACUUCACAUCCGCAUAUAAAGAUGUGGACUUCUUAAAUUUCUUUUAUAAACAACUACGGACUAAUAACUCGGAUCGCUUUGCAGACUCUUUCCCGUAUAAAUUCUUGAUGAAGGGAAGGUUUUACGUAUUGGACAGUCAGCGAGGACCUACCCAUUCGAACCCACUUCUUUAUCGAUGUUGA